AUGUCAUUGUUCUCUUCGUCGCCUUAUGGCAACCCGCCGAACCAACUAUUAAGUUCCCUCAGACACCAUGCAGCAGGUGGCGCCAGCACCGAUGGCCUCGAUCAGCAGCAAGCCGCUCAGAAUGUCGACGACAGGUCAAGCUACGCAAGUGACACCGGCUCUGUUACUUUACCUGGUUCAUCGAGGUUCGGGUUCCGGAUGCGUGUCAAGCAAUUCUUCAAGAGGGAGCACAAAGACCAGGAUGCUGUCACGCCUCCUCAUGCGGAUGCUACGCCUUCAUCUGUUGGUCCUACGUGGAACAUCAACACUGCCUCUCCUGCUGUCCAUGACUCUCCUGUGGCCUUGGUCCCACUCCCUCAUACUCAGUCUAGUGGUAAACUCUCCGCCGCCGCGCCCCCUGUUCAAGUUACAACUAGCGCAACAAGCAUUGCCCUCACCUCUACCGGUACGACCAGCUCGGCUACUGUCCCAACUAUCCGGGUUCACUCAGACCCUCCCACGUCUGGACCACUCCGAUUAGACAUUUUUCCCAGUAAUGUUCCUAUGCCGUCUCUUAUAACCGACCUGCCUGAGUCUGGUAGUCGUAUCGACAAGACCACACAGCUCGCCUAUUGCUACAGCCUGCUUAAUAGGGCUCACUUGCUGUCAUCGUCCUCGUCUGUCUCGGAUAACGAUGAUGGCGUCCCGGACCAGCCCCUCGACGCGAAAGAGCGUGAAUGGAUUCAGAAGGUCGGGUCCGUCGAACAAGAACAUCUCCGCCAGCUCAUCCAAAAGCUGGUCGUUGAUUUCUCCGAGGACACGAUAAAGGAAUACGAUGCCGUCUCCGAGGUCGUGCUUCUUGGCCCUGUGCUCGACCAAGAGACAUACCGUGCCUUGCUCUCCUGCUUUAUUUCGAAGCUUGAGCAGACGACUCUCCUCGAUCUCAGCCUCCUCCAGGGGCUGAUUCAAGUGCUCCAGUGUGCAUCCACCGGAUACGUAGUCGACGACGAUCUGGUCAGGAUCGCCACUGUUCUAUCCAAGAGGUUGGGUGGAACUCAUAGGGACACCAAUGACCAUGUCUCAUAUCUGACAUGGGUGCUUGGUCGAGUUCUGGAUGUGAUGGUGGCGGGUAAGGUCAAGGACCUAAACCGUGAUCGAGACCACCGGCCGAUGCUCCAGCUGUUGGACGGCUUGAAGGGUAGUGACAACGCCUACGUCAAGUAUCAGGCCGGAUAUUCAUACCAGGCUUUGCAAUAUGCGCCUGACGACGAGACUCCACUCCAGACUGCCUGGAGAUAUGCUCAGGUGGCAGCGGCAGGCGCAUCAGCUGUGUCGAGUGUCUUUAAACUAGACCCUGUGGGGCUGCUUGAAGGUCUUCAAAAGAUCGGAGAAGGUGCGGUCGAGGGCACCAAGGCCAUCCGCGAAGGCGCUGGAAUUGUUGUCAGGGCGUCUGAAAAACGAUUCGAAUACAUGGAGAAGCGUUCUUGGUACCUGGCCCUCAAAGGAACUGCGCUCUUCAUCCAACAGGGGCGACUGUCGGACUUCAACCAGAUUGUCAGCCAAGCGCCUUGUCGAUACAAUGUCAACUUUCAAUGGGGGGUUUGUCGCCAGCUCGGGGAGAUCGCCACCAAUCCGCUCUGGGACACCAGUAUGCGUCAACAGGCUGUGAAGUUUCUGGGAGAGCUGUACCGGAGCGAUAUCGACUGGAUACCACAUGGUGAUGUCAAGCGAUGGAUCCUCACCAUCUUGGUCCAGAUCUCGACGAUGCCAGACCUUUCCAUCAGGAGUCGUGCUUCCGAGCUCUUAGAUAGCCUGAGACAGGACGGUGCCACCGAGUUCCCAGGAUCCUACCCUUUGAGUACUCGUCUUCCUCUUCCCGCGGCCUUCCCGCUCCUGACCCGAGUUCAGAGCAUCCCGCAAGUCGAGUACAAGCUGCAAACCUUGAAGAUGCGGAGGUUGAACGAUUACAAACAGGCCGUGUACAUCCCUCCAAUGGCCAAGCCUAGCCUCCCAGCCCCCGACGACAAGCUAUUCCCUCUGAUGAAGAAUGUGGAAGAGUUCCUGGCGGGAGAAGGCCAAGUCAUGUUGAUCCUGGGCGACUCGGGAGCGGGGAAAUCGACCUUCAACCGACACUUGGAGAACCAACUCUGGCAAGAUUACAAGACCGGCGAUCGAAUCCCUCUUUUCAUCAGUUUGCCAUCCCUCGAGCGACCUGAGAGGAAACUUGUUGUCGAACAGUUGAGGCUCCUUGGCUUUUCAGAGGAGCAGACCAUGGAGUUGAAGGAGCAUCGGCAUUUCAUAUUGAUAUGCGAUGGGUACGAUGAGAGCCAGCUCACGACCAAUCUCCACACCACCAACUAUCUCAAUCAAGAUGGACAAUGGAGCGCCAAACUGAUUAUCACCUGCAGGACCCAGUACCUCGGACCCAAUUAUCACAGCAACUUUAUGCCUCAAAACGGUAGCCAUUACGAUCGCCCUACUCUCAAAUUAUUUCAAGAAGCGGUUAUAGCCCCUUUCUCCAAGGUCCAAAUCGAGGACUAUGUCGAACACUAUGUCCCUCUGGAGCCACGGACCUGGGUUAAGAAGGACUACAUGGACAAGCUCACGACGAUCCCCAACUUGUUGGACCUGGUCAAGAACCCCUUUCUAUUGACCCUCUGUCUAGAGGCUCUUCCCAGCGUCGUUAAGGGAAAGAUCGAUCUAUUAAGGCUUCGCGUCACUCGAGUGCAGCUCUACGACAACUUUGUCGAGCAUUGGCUGGGAGUGAACAAGCGUCGUCUCGAGCGCCAAAAGUUGAGCGGCGAUGCACUGGCGGCGUAUGACGAGCUAAAUGAGGAAGGGUUUGAGAUGAAUGGGCUCAAGUUUCAACAGGACCUGGCAGCUGCCAUUUUCACCCAGCAGGAGGGCAGACCAGUUGUCGACUAUAUUCACCGACUCGAUAAGUCGUCUUGGAAGGCUAAGUUUUUCCGCCCUAAACCCGAAGAGACCCUUCUCCGUGGUGCCAGCUUGUUAAGUCGAGCUGGUGCUCAGUAUCGCUUUGUCCACCGGUCCGUGUUGGAGUACUUUUACUCCUGCACGAUCUGUCCUUCGGUGAACAAGCAGGAUGAAUUUGGUCCGCAAGUCCAUUUCGACUCUACCUUCACCAAGGUAUCGAUUUCCGACCACCCAUUAUCCAGGACCCUUGUCGCCGAGCCGUCGAUCGUGCAUUUCUUGUCCGAGCGUGUCCCGAUGAAUUUGGAUUUCAAGCAGCAUCUCCACGACAUCAUCGAGCUGUCCAAGACCAACGACCAGGCAUCCCGAGCCGCAGCGAACGCCAUCACUAUUCUGGUGAAAGCUGGGGUUCUAUUCAAUGGAGCUGAUCUUCGAGGCAUCCGUGUUCCAGGAGCCAAUUUGACCGAUGGGCAGUUUGAUUCUGCGCAGCUUCAAUGUUCCGACUUGACAAAAGUCAACUUUGCCAACAGCUGGAUUCGAAAAGUGGAUUUCAGCAAUGCACGAAUGGCGGGAGUACGGUUUGAGGAGCUGCCGUAUUUGGACGUAGACCGCGAGGUGUGGUCGGGCGCAUAUUCACCAGACGGGAAGAUAUUCGGCGUAGGAUUCGAAGGUGGCGAUAUCGGCAUUUACAUGUACGACACCACAUCCUGGAACCGGAUCCACACUCUUCAAGGACAUAGAGACGUUGUUACAGCACUCGCCUUUUUGGAAACCGGCCGACAGCUCCUCGCAAGCAGUUGGGACAAGAUAUGCUCUUGGGAUUGCGAGACGUGGCAGUCUCGUGUUAUUGUGACAGGACACGCCACUAGUUAUUUCUGCUAUGCAUACAAUGUGGCCUUCUCACCUUGUGGUAGAUUUAUCGCCACUGCAGGCGAUGAAGAAGAGUCGCCUGACAUGCUCGAACCUACCUUGUCAUUCAGAUUAUGGGAUAGUAGGACGAGCACGGCGAUUUCUGAGCUGAACGGCCUUGAUAAGGGGAUUCGCAACCUCGCUUUCUCACCCAGUGGGCAGGUGAUUGCAAUUACCUACAUGGACGGUACGACACGGCUAUCUCACACACGCACCGGGCUACCAGGGCUGGCGCUGGAGAGCGAGAAUGGCUCCAUUUGUUGUUGCGCGUAUUCACCAGGUGGCCAACGGAUCGUUUCAGGGCAUAGAGAAGGCAAAAUAACGCUCUGGGAGUCGGCUACUGGCAAGCAAAAACUCUAUUGGGAAGGACACACUGGACCCGUCAGUGCCGUCUCUUAUUCACCAAAUGGCCGAUGGAUUGCCUCCUCCGGCAAGGAUGAUCUGAUCAAGCUAUGGGAUGCACGGUCGGGAUCUUUUGUUUCAGUUUUCCUUGGCAAUACAACAACAGUGAGAAGCCUAGUUUUUGCACCAGACGGGACACAGUUGGCAUCAAUAAGUAGGCUGGAUACACCCAUUCGACUUUGGGAGAUCGAUCCCACCGGAGAAGGACCCUACAUGACGCAUGGCUCCUACGUGACGCAUGGCUCCCCAAUUUCAAGUAUGACUUACUCUCCCGAUGGCCGAUCCCUCGUUUCUGGAAGCAUGGAUGGAACUAUUCGACAAUACGACACAGCCUCGGGUGAUCCUAUUCAAGUUCCCUCGAGUGGUCCUUUUCAAGCAAGGCUUGUCGUCAUCUCACCGGACGGUCGAGUCGCCAGCGCCAGAGAGACCGGCAGUGUAACGAUCUGGGAUGCUGGAACAGGUCUGGUUGACUUUGUCCUCUGCGGUCAUACUGAGACUGUGGAUGCCGUAUCGUUCUCGCCCUGCGGCCAUUGGAUUGCUACCGGCAGUAAUGACAAGUCCAUACGACUAUGGGAUUCUCGUACAGGUCAGCUGUGUCGUACCCUUUCCGGACACACUGAUUGGGUAUCAAGUCUUGGAUUCUCGCCUGAUGGCCUUGCGCUCGUCUCCGGCAGCAUGGAUGGUACCCUACGAAUCUGGGAUACGAGUGCAGGCGAAUCGAGAGUGCUUGUGAGUGUUGAACACUGGGGUUUCCUAUCAGCUGCGUAUUCUCCAGAUGGUCUGCAGAUUGCUUCACGCCAUUUCCCCAGCUAUGCCUCAAAUUUGGUAGGCUUGAGUGCAAGUCUUAUAGGAGGCCUAGUCAUCUUGGACCAGCAAACUGGAGAACAGCGCCAUAUCUUGGAGAAAGGAAUGGACAUUUAUUACAUCCGUCCAUGCAUUUUUGGCCCACGUCGUGAGCGUUUCCUGGAGACCUCGCUGUUUGGAGUUUGCUACCGGUUGCGAAAAUGGGUUCACUCAAGUGUGGAGAUUGCUGAGCGAGGCGGGGGAAUGGAAGGCCAGGCUGGUUUGGAAUACAAGGCCUACGGCUCUUAA